AUGACUACUGGUGUUGAAGACCAGGAGGUGGUUGUUGGCAUUGAGCAUCUACUGCAUAUGAAUAUUAAUGAUAAGGCACAAGAGAUGGAGUUUUUGGAGCUUGGAGAAUAUUGUGUUGGUGUUGGUAAUGUCUUCCUUCCCAACGAUGACGACGGUGUUGGUGUUGCCUUCCUUCUCGACAAUGACGACGGUGUUCGUGUUGUCUUCCUCCUUGAGGAUGACGGUCGUGUUCGUGUUGUCAACCUCCUCGACGAAAAUGACCAAAUAAAUAAUAAAACUGAACCAAAAGCAAAAAAAACCUUGUACACAUACACUGCCCUAAUCUUGAUCUUCUCUCUUCAUUCCCACACCGAUCCAAAAAACACUCAGUACUAUUCCAGUGAAGCACUGAUUCAGACAUGGCUAGUGCGGCGAGUGCUGUGGAUGCUUCUGGAAACCCGAUCCCUACAUCGGCGGUGUUGA